AUGAAGCUCUUCCAAUCGCUCGCCGUUGUGGCCGCCGUUGUCGCUACCACCUCCACCACCUUUGCCGCUCCCACACCGAGCUCCUCCAAGCUCGUCGCUCGCUACGACGGCGACGUCAUCGACGAGGUCAAUGCCGCACUCAAGGACCUGCACCUGAAGAAACGCUUCGACGGCGAUGUGAUUGACGAGGUUGACGCUGCUCUUAAGGACCUCGGUCUCAAGAAGCGCUUUAAGGGUGAUGUGAUCGACGAGGUUGACGCGGCUCUCAUGGAUCUCGGAUUGAAGAAGCGUUACACUGGCGACAUCAUCGACGAGCUUGACGCAGCCGAGAAGGACCUUGGCCUCAAGAAGCGAUACGACGGCGACAUCCUCGAUGAGCUUAGCGCUGCCGAGAAGGACCUUGGCCUCAAGAAGCGAUACGACGGCGACAUCCUCGAUGAAGUCAACGAAUGCCUCAAGGACCUCGGUCUCCGCAAGCGCUACGAGGGUGAUAUCCUCGAUGAGAUCAACGGCUGCCUCAAGGCUCUCGGCCUCUAA